AGUAAGCCAUCAAUUACCCUUCCUGUUGUUGACCAAAUACUUAUGACGUUGAUGAAACUAAAACUAAACCUAAUAUUAGGAGAUAUUGCUCACCGCUUCAAUGUGUCUACAUCCAUGGCAAGCAUUGUGAUUAGUCACUGGAUUGACGUGAUGGGUGAACAGUUCAAAGUCCUGAUCCCCUGGCUUCCAAGAGAGACCAUUCGUGCCACCAUGCCCUUGUCGUUUCAGAGGAACUACCCUCAAACCACCUGCAUCAUUGACUGUGCCGAAAGUGCCAUGCAGAGAGCCACAAACCACGACUCAAGGAGUGACACUUUCAGCCAGUAUAAAUCACGCAACACUGUGAAAUAUCUCGUCGCUGUGGCCCCUAAUGGGCUAAUUAUGUUUAUAUCUGAUGGCUAUGCUGGCAGAAGCAGCGAUAAGUUUAUCACCAUGGACAGUGGCUUCCUAGACUAUCUGAGGGCUGGUGAUGAGGUCAUGGCGGACCGUGGGUUCACCAUUCGAGACUUGCUUGAUGAGAGAAGGGUCAGUUUGAACAUCCCUGCUUUCACCUACAGGCGCAAUCAGUUGACCAAUGAGGAGACGACACGCACCAGGCGAGUAGCCAAUGUCCGCAUACAUGUGGAAAGAGCAAUCCAGAGACUGAAGGUGUUUAAGUUUUUAUCCCAGAAUGUUCCCAUCAGCAUGGCACCGAAACUGGACAACAUCUUAACCAUCUGUGCUGGCCUAGUUAACCUGAAGAGUCCACUGAUCAGUGAGGUUUAGAAUCUUGCCCUGUGUCCCUGUCUACCAACACCCAGCCAUGUUGUUCAUUAAAUACAGAUAAACACAACAAAUA